AUGGCCAUGAUGGCAAGUGCAUCGUCGGGCAAUGCUUAUGAGAACUACGACCACACCGAGAUCGAGCAGGAUCUCAUAGAUCCAGACGAUGCGAACAUUAACGAUCUUGAGGAUCCUCUGCAGUCGAACUCUGAUCGAGCGCCAUUGACGGGCAACAUCCAAUCAUCGUCCUCCCGCAAUCCUCUAUCCCAAUCAUACCUCAACUCAUCGAUUCCAGGCGAGGAUAGGCGCGUACCUACAAACACCAUUGAUGAGUCUGUAUGGGAAACAUUGUCCCGGGACCUGCUGGCUGUAUGGGAAAAAAUGAGACAGGUUCUUUGGCCUAAGUAUCUGCUAGGAGGAAUGCUACAGAGAGGUGGAGGCAUCGGAGGCGCAGAAAGGGGUGAGGGAGACAGCCUUGCAGGAGGCUUCAGGGGUGUUGCUGGAAGGUGGCCAGAUGCAGAUGUGGUACUCCAAGGUGGCAUGUCUGAAGGCUUAAGGGACUGGGACCUUUGGGGCCCGUUGAUCUUUUGCCUGCUUCUGAGCUUGCUGCUGUCGAUGACCGCAUCAAGUAAACAGAAAACAACUGUCUUCUCUGGGGUUUUCGCGCUGGUCUGGAUUGGUGAGGCUGUGGUAACUACGCAAAUCAAACUUUUAGGAGGAAACAUCUCUUUCUUCCAAUCGAUAUGCAUCAUCGGCUACACGCUCUUUCCACUGGUCAUUGCGGCGAUGCUGAGCGCUCUCCAUCUCCCAAGUAUAGCACGCGUUCCUGUGUAUAUCGUGCUUAUCGCGUGGUCAUUAGCUGCUGGUGUCAGCAUUCUUGGGGGCUCGGGAGUGGUGAAGAAUCGGGUGGGAAUUGCGGUAUACCCCCUACCCUCGAGAAACCGGCUACAAGCGUUCCGGAGGGAUAUCGGGAGAUUUGCUUCUUCAAAGGAUCAACGUUCAAUUACUACCAUCACUAUGACACAGACAAACCAGCGGCAACAGACUACCCCCAACACUGUCUCCACAUUGCCUCGAGAUGUCUCAACGAGCCCCUCUACAUCCUUAGGGCCUACUACAGAUUCUAUCAGCGACAAUGACACCAGUGAGAAACCGGUACGAGAAAAGCUGAAGAAGACGUCCCUUGCAUCCAUGUCAAGUCAUAUUGUAGGAAGGCAGGAAAGAGUACUCACAGCAAACGAAGAGCACUCCCUACCAGAUCAUAUGCACAGAGACUCAUCGCCGGUGAAAGAAACAAGCAAGAAAGGUGUGGAACCUCGAGGGAGGCCGGUGAAAAAGCGAUCGUUUGACGACCUAGAUACGCCCGAUGCAGAAGGAAAUGAGGCAGCACGAGAGCACAUAACAAAGCCCAAUGCUAAUGGUCAUCUGAGGAAGCGGUCCAGAGAUGUUCGCGUCGGCGAGCUUCCCAAGGAAAAUAGCCGACCACUACUAGCAGGAACUCCUGUGCGAGAGGAGUCGGAAGACGCUGCAAAUGGCGUUAAAACAAGUGAGGCUUGUAUCAAUGGACCCAAGAAUGCAGUAGGUAGUAUAUCGCCAGCGACUGAGACUCUGUCGCAAGUGGAGAUGGAGCAGAACAAACAACUCCAGGAUAUCAACGAGUCUACACGACAUGUUUCUGAUACAGUACAACAAGAAGGUGUAACAGAAGCGGAAAAGGAGUCCGCUGACCAAGAGAUGCGAGAUCCGGCAUCCAGUCCACGAAAAAAGCGAAGUAGGGACCAGUUCGACACUGAGGCAGAUAGAGAACAGAAGAUACCUGCAACGGAAGAAGCGAGAGCUCAUAGGAUAUCUGAUGAGCCUGAAAGAGACGAAGGUUCCGUCGUGAAGCAUCGAAGCCCAGCAACGCCAGAAGGUUCUGGGGUAGCUGAAAAGGAGCCUGUAAUGGUGCAAGAGGGGAGGAGCCUGGGUGAUGCACAUGUUGGGAUGGAGAGACAGAACCGACUCUUUAUAGGUGCAUUUGAUAACGCAUCUACAUUCUCUCCCUCUAUGGCUUCUGCCAAGAGUAACUCCUCUGCAGAAAUUUCGAUAUUCGCAAAUAAGACUACGGAUCAGGGGUCUCAGACGUCUGAUGACGCCUUCGCAUCCUCGGGCUUUGCUGCGCUCGCAGGCUCGUCAACAUCACCAUUUGGCACAUUAGGUGGCUCAUCGACUGCCGCUACCGCUAGUCCUUUUGCUUCCGCAGGAGUCUUCAUUCCAGGAAAGACCAAGACGGACAAAAAGGAAGCCCAGGAGACGGAAACAGCUGCCAACGGUGGGUUUGGUGCUUUCGUUAACAGCUCUUCUACCGAUUUUGGUACAACGGACCAAUUACCGUUCGGCACAUCGGGGUCGAGCAAGAUUGGCGUUUUUGGUGGUUCAAUCUUUGGCAGUGCAUUCGGUGGACCAUUCAGUGGAGGGAACAGACUAACUAGCUUUGCCGCUCCCACUGGAAAUGCAAAAUUGGGUGCUAGCAAUGGUGCUAUCAAGCCCAUCGGUUCCCCAAAGCAUGAUGGAGACGAAGAUGAAAACAGUGAAAGUGAUGGUGAAGUAUCGGCAGAGAAAAAGAAAGACGAAGAGACAGAGGAGGCAGAUGGACGGUUCCAACACCAAGAUGUUGAAACCGGAGAGGGUGGCGAAGAUUCGAUCUUUUCUUCGCGAGCUAGUCUUUACUCGUUUAGGGACAAUGCUUGGAAGGAAAGCGGCAAGGGGACUUUCAAGCUCAAUAUCGCCGCAGCAUCUCCAGAGGACGCUUCUUCAGACCGAAAGACAGGGCGUUUCAUAAUGAGGGCCCACCAAACAUACAGGGUCCUACUCAACGUUCCCGUGUUCAAACAGAUGCAGAUUGGCGAUAGCAGGGGCAACGAACCAUCAGGAAAAUCUUUCUUGUUUGCGGUGAUCGAGAAUGCCAAGCCCGUGGCUCAUAUGGUAAAGUUGGGCGAUGUGACGGACAGCAAAACUUUGUACCAUGAGGUUCAAAGGUUGCAGAAAGGUCUGGAAUGA